CGAAGAGGCAAGACAUGGGGCAGCAGUGAGGAGCCAGAACUCAACACCAUGUCUCUACGUCGGCAGGACUACGAUUAUCUGAUCAAGCUCCUGCUCAUUGGAGACAGCGGUGUUGGCAAGAGCUGCUUGUUGCUGCGGUUCUCCGAGGACUCUUUCACGUCUUCCUUCAUCACCACAAUUGGGAUUGACUUCAAAAUCAAGAAAAUCCUCAUUGACAACAAGUGGAUCAAGCUUCAAAUAUGGGACACAGCUGGGCAGGAGCGCUUCAGGACAAUCACCAGCGCAUACUACAGAGGAGCCAUGGGCAUCCUCCUGGUAUACGAUGUGACCGAUGAGUCAUCAUUCAACAACAUAAGGAAUUGGAUGCGGAACAUCGAGCAGCAUGCCUCUGAUAACGUCAACAAGGUGCUCGUUGGGAACAAAUGUGACAUGGACGAGAGCAAGAGGCGAGUACCGUACUCGCAGGGGCAGGCACUCGCAGACGAGUUCGGCAUCCAGUUCUUUGAGACCAGCGCAAAGAGCAACAUCAAGGUGGACGAGGUGUUCCAGUCCAUCGCCAAGGAUGUCAUGCUUAGAUUGAGGGACUCGCAGACUGACAGCCCCUCUGCCGGAUCCGGAUCAGGCAACGUCCACCUGAGCAGCACCACUGCUUCUGCCAAGCAGUCAAAGGGCUGCUGCUAGGCGCUGCGUUGCACUCUCGGCUAGUAUUUCUGAAGGAGAGCUGCGGUGAGACACUGCAUAACGGGCAGACUGACUGGCACAUACUUCCUGCAC